AACUUGACACAUACCUUCGUGAAUACGAUGUUUUAUUUUCGGAUUAACACAAGUACUCGUCGAUUUUCUUUCGAAUCACAUAUCGUUUGGAAUAUUAAUGACAACAUUUUUCAAAAUUUGCUUCGAAAUUUUGAAAAAGCCCCAGGUUUUAUGUUUAAAAUUUGAUUAUUCAUCACUCAUCAAUACUAUUUAUAUUUUUUCGGCCAUGUUUUUGUCAUGCGUGUUGUCCUAUGGUGUUGUCUCGCGCGGUCUACGCGAAUAAUGUUCCACCCCAUGUUCCCCGGGGAACAUGGGGUGGAACAUUGUCAAAAGGAACGCAGGCUCGCUAAUUGAUGACGUAAGGCGUGAUAUCGCGAUUAAUUUCAUGCUCACGUGGCACAAACUAAGCUUCCUGAUUGGACAAUUUGAAUUUGAGGUAUAAUAUUAGUAGAAGUUCCACAUACUUUUAGGUUAUGUUACUGAUGUGCUGGAAGAUGCCAGGGUGUACUGUAACCAUGCCAACAAGAAGGAGAUAGAUGCUGAUGACAUUAAACUGGCAGUUCAGAUAAGAAUGGACAAUUCUUUCACUAGUCCUCCACCCAGAGAUGUAUGUUUAAUUAAAUUAACAAUUUGCUUCUCUGUAUCUGACUUUCAGUAUUUUCUGUUACAGUGGCAACGCAUGCUAAGUAAAGUACUACAACGCAAAUUGCAACAGCAAACCCAUAUUUCGCUCAGUUAAAACCUAUGGUCUCUGUGAAUUCUAAUACCAAACAAAUUUAAAUGUACAAGUAAUGUUACUUAAUACUAGUUCUUCAAAUUAUUCUUUGUUUGCAAUCACGUGACUUUUCAUCCAAAUAAUGGGCAGUCAAACAACUUGUGGACGAUUUUUCUCCUAUCAGAAUGGUUGUAGCAAGAAAAACUGAACGGUAAUUCAUCUUUUGAGUCUUAAACUGUGUCUCUAAACUCGAUCAAUACAUUAAAAUAGCCGUUUUUCAUCAAAAUAGCCGUCAACUGAAAUCCCAAAAUUUCGUCAUUGGCAUUGCAAACAAAGAAUAUGUAAUGUUAAGAUUGUGCUCAACGAAACAUACUGUUUAUAUAAUUCUUGUUGUAGUUUCUAAUGGAGAUAGCAAGGCAGAAGAACAGCACGCCAUUGCCUCUUAUUCAACCGCGAAGUGGAUUGCGUUUACCUCCUGAUCGCUACUGUUUGUUGUCGAACAAUUACCGUGUCAAGCAGCAACAAAAGAAAGUAUGAAAACUAGGUUUGAGUUGUACAGAAAUUAUGUCAUGUACAUGGACUUUUGCUUUUCAAACCUUUAACCCACACGUGUGCGCAGUGCGCCAAUUGGACUGCUCCUCUUACCCUGAAUGUAAUGCCAGACAAUUAGUUUAUACUUUGCUGUUGAUUGCACUUUUGCGCCAGUAACCUUAUUUUCGUGUUUGCCUGUUUUACCAUGGCAGACGCACAGUUAGUUCCUACUAAUUUCUCGACAAAGAGCCUCGAAACGUUGAAAUUUUACUUGUAUUUUUCAGGUAGAGUCCCCCUCAAUUCACAGCUUUUGCUUUUUAGUGUCUUUCUUUAGCAUACUGAAAAGUCAGUUGAGAUAAUCACACAUCUCUAUAUACUGUAUGGAAAAGCGCAUAUUGUUUUUGAUUUUUUCAAACGAAGACAUCAAUAGAGAGGUUUAGUUUUGAAUACGAGUACGACAACGAUUACGAGAUUUUUCCCGCCAAAAAAGCAUAGCUAGCCAACCGUCUGCUGAGCUUGGCAAUUUGUACUCUUUGUUCUGUUUAAUACGAACCGCAACAGGCGUUUAAAACUAAAAAAAUGUUUUAUAAGUAUUUAUUUUUUAUUUGUAUAAGUAAUAGUAUUAAUAAAAAUCAAAGCGUCUAAAACAAACGCAGUUUAAAAUACUAUCGCUUUUAAAAACUCAUUCAGUUGGUAAAGGCAGCAUCAAACCAAUGAAUUCCUAACACAAACUCGUUAUCCAACUACGAGAUUUGUUCAAAAUCUUGUACUCAACAGCUUGACAAUUUGCCAAAGUGAGCAGAAAGUUGGUUAUACUUUUGGCGGGAAAAAUCUCGUUAUCAUAGAUUAUAAUAAUUCAACCUACUGUAUCAAACAUUGUUCUGUUUUCAGCAACAACAGCAGGCACGACCAGUACCAAUAGUACCAGCACGAACGCUUCCUCAUUAUCCAAUAUCAGCAUCCAGUCCUGGAAUUAAGAUCACUCAACCUGCAUUCAAUGUGUCAAUGUCAUCUAUUAAAAGUGCCUCUACAACUGGUCUAACUCCUACAUCCUUAACUGUAAAACCAAUCUCAAGUGCAGUAACAGUAGCAAGUACUGUACAAGGAGGGACUAGUCUGAAAAAGCCUGUGGUUACCAUUACACAGACGGUCCAAAAAGCCAGUCCGAACCCGCCAACUAUUGUCCCAGCUCUUAGCAGGGUAUAUAUAACAAUAUGUUUUUUACUUAUAAAAUCAUAGAAAAUAAUUAAGGUGGCUCGAUAGUCGAUAGGAAAAAUCAACAUUGGAAGGUGGUAUUUUUUUAAUGUUGAAGCUUUAAACUUGUAUUAAAAAUCUAUCAGAAAAGGAAGGUACUCACUAUGAAGCUGAAGCAUUUUGAGCCCCAUAGUCAACCUGGUUAGUGGCACAAAACUUUGAGACUUAUUUUCUCAAUUUUUUGUCAUUUCUAUACUCCUUAAAGUCCUUAAAUACUACUUGAAUAAGUUUUGACUUUUCAAGAGCGCUUGAAAAGCUUUUGAAACUCCUUAACUAUACUCCUUGAAUUCUUAAAAUGUUUUGCUAAAUAGUAGCUAAGUGAAACUAUAGUAUUAACUUUUGUUAGUUCCGAUAGGUUUUUCGUGAAAAAAAAACAACCGGCGUUAGAAACAAAUCGUUGAUUCAAAUCGUCAAUAUUACACCAAGUAUUUCGUUCGGAAGCUAUACAUUGGUCAAUAAACCGUUCGCUCGAUCUGGGUUCGAUUCUCCCGCCAUUUUCUAUCUUUUCAACUUUUCAUUUUCCCGAAAGAAAACAUCUCAAAUACUCCUUUAAAAUUGCUAUUUUAAUACUGAAAAACUCAAUUUUCAAGCCUAUAUACAAGCUAUACUGACCUGAAAUUUUCAUUGAGUAUUGAGAGUCUAUUGAAGAGUCAAUAAAUUUCAUUGCAUGAACAUGGGCAAUGAACUAGGAUAUUUGAGUUUGGUGCAGCCGGUAAUGAGUUGCUCAGUCAAGUUAGGGCAUUUUUCUUUAACAUUGUUGAGGAUGCUAGUAUAUAAUUAUUCAGUGAUGACUUUUUAUGAUGAGCUUUCCAAUUAAGCGUUUUUCUUACGCGCGGAAAAGUUUAAAUCUUUCUAAAUUUUAUAUACGAGUACUAAUUAUACCUCAAUAGAUGCACCUUAAAUCAUACACAGAACUAAAUCUGCCCCUUUAUUCAUUUAAUUAUUUCACAAGUAACAUUUAAAUGGAUUUGAACUUCUCCGUUGAAAGAUGCUAAACUGGAAAUCGUCCGAGCGCGGUCAUAAUUUAUGGCGGGAGUGGAAGCGAAGAGGAAUGUGUUUCUUGGUAAAAACUUUGCUAAUCCAACCAUUAAAAAGUGGAAAAAAAACUUCAAUAAUAAUACCCAGCCCUGGCCAAAAACUUUACAAAAGGAUACCAUUCAGCUGUCACACAUAUUGUGUUUACCACUUCUGUGACAUGAGUGUGAUAACUGCUUGUGGAAUUUUCUGUUGUCUAAGGGGCGGACCAUUAGAAAAGUGAUAGGGGGGAGGUGGGGGGAAAGUAAAAAUAAAAAUCGCGCAGGGGAAACAGAAAGGAAAAAAAUUCGUGCACCAAAAAAGUCUGAAAAAGAGACUUUUCAGUUGGGAAAAUUAUAAGUUGAAAUAAAAAAAAUUCGUGGAAAGGGAUUAUAUUUUAAAAAAUUAUCGACACAAGCAAAAAAUUUUAAAAAAUAUUCGUACAAGUUAAAAAAGUAACCCCCCCCCCCAUCACUUUUCUAAUGGUCCACCCGGACACCCCUAAAGUUUCAUGUUGUCUGCACAUGCAUUUUCAUUGGAAAAUGGUCAAGAUAGUGGCUCUGAUUGAUUUACAUAUUGUACUGACAUACGACUGUUGACAUUGCUUUUUAGUCUCUAAUAUUUGAGUGCUUUGUUAAUAACCCAACCCUUGAGUUGUUUCGUUUUUCAUUUACCCAACCUUUUACUCACUCAAAAUUUUGUUCACCCAACCCUUUUCUCUUUGGUACCACCCCCGACAUAAAUAGAGACCGCCCCCCUAGUAAUGCCCUCACACUCUGCUUCACCACUCCCUAUGCAGUAUUCAUUAAUAGUUACAUUUUUUAACAGCCAAUUGGUGGAAAACCUAUAACAACAUGGCAACAAUCAAGAGCGACCACCACAACAUCAACACCUCAGCUUGCUAAAUCUAUGACAACUGUAUCAGCUUUACCAAGUAUGGAUGAAACGGUAGCAAGCAGUUUACAACAACAAGCUUUGGUGUCUGCACUCAAGAGAAAACGAGGAGAAGAUGAUGAUGACUAUGACUCGUAGACCAAUCUGAGCCCUGUACAUAACUGGAAGAAUAUGAAUAUAUUUUUGUGCACUUUUAAGGAAACACGGUCGCGAGUUCGUUCAGACUUCAAAUUGCACUCACGUCCUUCGCCUUCGGUCGUAUACCGUAAACCUCCAAAUAUACAUACGCCGCCCGUCCCGCCCGAAUAUAAAGCACUCUGUGUAUAUAAACUACCCAGUGUACUAACAACAAAUGUGUCGUCCUUAUAAGUUCCCCCCGUAUAUAAGCUCCCCCCCCCGUAUAUUAGCUCCUCCACCCACCCCCCUGCCGCAUGCAUGUAUAAGCCCAUCAAAACUACUUGCGAACGAAUAUAAGCCCAGGGUUUUAUUCGGAGGUUUACGGUAUUUUUGGACUUUGAAAAACUCGCGAUUGCGUUAUUUGAUCUCGACAAAUCUAGACAAAAUUUCAACACAGCUUGAAAGAGCAUCACAAAAUUAGUAAUAUUCCAAAAUUUCGUUGCAAAAUGUUGUAAAAUGCGGAUAAUAUAGCCUUGCGAAGUUUGUAAUUUUCAGUCAUUUUGUAUUACGCACAGAAGUGAUAACCAUUUCCCGUUUGUAAUCUAAAAUGGCUGAAAAUUGCAAACUUCGCAAGGCUAUAUUAUCCGCAUUUUGCAACAUUUUGCAAAGAAACUUUGGAAUAUUACUAAUUUUGUGAUGCUCUUUCAAGCUGUGAUAAAAUUUUUGUCUAGACUUUUUGAGUUCAAAAUUUUGGGGAAUGGUACAUUCCCCAUGCAAUAAAAACCAUGCUAUUAUCUAUAAAGAGAUUUAUCGAAAGAACGUUAGAGAAUGGCUAGUAGACAUAUUCAAUAUAUAGUUGUGGAAUGAACUGUGGAUGACUUGCGCAUGUUUAAAAUGUAUCAAAUAAUAUUAGGGGCCGAUUACAUGGACCGGGCUAAGGCAUUUUGCCAUGCGACCGUCCAACCGUCCUUUGGACGGCCACUUUUAAAGUAACACGGCCACUUUUUAUAGACGGUCAUUACAUAGGGCCUAUAAGAGGUUGUUGUCUUUAAACAGCAAGUCACAAACAUUGUGGUAGUUCUUGAAUGCCUCAAAAGUUGUCAGCUGCGGUUUACUUUAUCUACUGUAUAAAAAAGAUGCUGAAUUCUGAGUAUGUGAAAGUUAAUUUCUGCAAGCGCCAUGUUUUUGGCCACGUCCACGAAAAUAGGUUGCAACACCCACGGUAUUUUUCGGGCGGCCAGUUUUGACACCCUGGCUAAAAGCCUGGACCAGGCUAGCUCCCUUUACCGAGCUAGCCAGGUUUACCGGACCAGCUCACUCACUAUAAUAAUCUUAUAUAAAUUUUGAGUUUCGAUUACAUGGCAGCCGGGCCAGCCCGCUUUACCGAUGUCUCGCUUGUCGCAAGCGUGUUCGGGUUGCCGGAAUGAAAUGUUCCAUGUAAUCGUUUCAUCCCACCAAACUGGGCUGAAAAAUAGCAGACGCACAGUUUUUGUAUCAAAAAUGUAAACAAAUAACGUUAAAAGAGACACAAACUAACAUCAGAAUGCCGUUUUUGUGUUUCAGUAAACGAACAGGUUUUCGCGGCGAAUUUUCUCACUGACCAAUCACAUUGCCGAAAUUUGUUUUUCGCGCGAACAAAUUCACCUAGUGGAAAACAGGCUUAAAAUGCAGCGUAUAAACAAUGUGUAUGUUGUCUUGCUUAGCCUGGUAAAGCGGGCUAGCCAGGUCUAUGUUUGCCUAUUGACACAUUAGGUCGCAGUGGCGUCGCACUUUUUUGUUGAAUAACUGAUCAAGGCGGGAGGGC